CCUGUCUUGACAAUCCGAGCCCCUAUCUGAGAAGAUCGACCCUGAGGCUCAAACGCGUGUGCUAAGACCGUCGUAUUUCCGACCUCAUCGGUCCUUCUUAUACAGGCUUCUACUUGAAAUUCUGCUUUCUAACGGUGGCACUCAACCACCCCAGCUCAGUGGCGGCGCAUCUGAUUUCUCCUUCGCAACCCCGUAAUUUUUAUUGAAUCUCCAGUUCUGAUCUGGGGUCAGAAAGCGCGUCGGUCGCUCUGUCGUUCGCUCCUUCCCUUCGAACUGUUAUUUGCAUCUUUGUUCGUCGCUUUCGUCGGCUUCGAAAAGGUGGGGUGGGGGAAACUCAAUCCUCACGCAUUCGGCCACACUCUGUCCGACCACAUCUCAGACGCUCGAGUAUUCUUUGUUCUCAGUCGGGCGAGGCACCAAGCCUCUGCUCAGUGAGUAUCUUCCGCGAUGAGUUCAGCAAACACACCACGGAUCGAGCUCAAUCCGUUCGAGGAUCCUCCGGAGACUGUGAACAAUGCGCCCUACUUUAACUCGAAUCAGUCGAGCGAUUAUCUCAGCAGUAUGGAACCUAGUCGGCCUGGCAGUGCUGGAGGACUCAGGCCUAAAGACAAGAAAAAGGUCAUUUUUCAUCCGGAUGCAGAAGAACCACCGCUGUUCAGAAAACACCGUCCGGCCAGCAUCACAUUGCCUACGAGGAUCACUUUGACGCCGCCUAGUGGAUUGAGUCCCGGUUUUGCGGUCUCCGAUAAUCCAUUCACUUCACAUUCUCGAAACUCGAGCGGAACGGGCGAGGCAUUGCUGUCAUCUUACCGAAGUCAUGCUCCUGAGGUGUCAUCGGAAGUUUCGGAUCAGAUAAAGGCCGCUUUUGCUCCACCAUCCUCACCGAUCGCCACAUCGCCCACAGUACCACGUAUACCUCCGCGACCUGUCCUCCGACGUGGCGACUCUGCGCUAUCGGUUGUCUCCAAUAAUGAACCUGAAAAUACCGUUCAGGGACGACGAGCCCGCGAGGCUCAUGAGCGAGGCAAAAGGCUGGAACUGGACGAGCGCGUUUCUUCUGCUCCGGCUUCCAGAGCCACCUCUCCCGCGCGCAGAUUCGGCCUACCCAAGCUCAAGCUGAACCUUAGCGAUAUACCGCUCCAGGACUUCAGCAAGGUCAACGUAGAAGAAGACGCGUACGAGCAUGAUCCUUUCCGUCAUCUCAAUGAUCAAGAGUCCAACGAACUGCACGCUGCACAUAAGCUUGUGCGAGCUCAUGCUGCUCAGCAAGCCUUGCAUCUUGAUUCUUCUUCAGGUUUGACUUCUGUCGGCACCACCCCUAACGAGGAGCGGGAAGCCUAUCUCGACUACGUUCCCAAGCCUGAACGUCACCGCGCAGGAGUUUUGGGCGCUCUGCUCCGACUUUACAACAACGAUGGCCAAUCCGACUCCCGCCAUGAUCGCUCAGCUAGCCUACCUCAGCCUGCGCACUUCCGUGAUGGAAGCAGUGGAUUCAAUACCCCACAGCACUCGCCACCUUCUUCUGGGUACAACACUCCAAGCGGUAGACCUCUCUCUGGCUAUGGUACACCCGGUGGCAGACAGUCGAGAUUGUGGCAUUCUAAGAGUAAUAGCGCCUCGACAUCGUCUUUGGCCUACUUGGUUGGUUCCUCUGUCAGCGGUGGCACUCCAAUUGCUGGCAUGUCCCUCGGUGAACAAGUCACUGAAAACCUACGCCAACGAAGCGAGUCGGAGAAGAAGGCCAAGAAGUCUCGCAGCAGUAAUGUGCUCAGUCGCAUGGGCCGCUCUCGACUCGACGAAGAAAUCAGGAUUACAAAACACAUCAAGGAGAACCUGGCCAGACAAAAGUAUCUCCUCAAGCUUUGCCUGGCUUUGAUGAUGUACGGCGCCCCAACUCAUCGUCUUGAAACGUACAUGCGUAUGAGCGCCAGGGUACUCGAAGUUGAUGCUCAAUUCCUUCACAUGCCUGGUUGUAUGAUAUGUUCAUUCGACGACCUUUCUACUCACACGACCGAGGUGAAGAUGGUCCGCACUGGUGAAGGGUUGAGUCUUGGGAAACUCAGAGACGUCCACGAAGUCUACAAGGAAGUUGUCCACGAUCGCGUGGGAGUUGAUGAAGCGACUGAUCGUCUUAAUGAGAUUCUCAACAAAACGCCGCACUUCGGCAACCUGAAAAUAAUAUUAUUCUCUGGUGUCGGCACCGCAUCUGUCGCUCCAUUCGCAUUCGAUGCUGGCUGGAUGGACUUGCCUAUCUGUUACGCCCUCGGCUGCAUUGUGGGAUACCUUCAGGUCGCUUCCAGCAGGCACGAUGGCAUACAGAAUAUGUUCGAAGUCCUUGCUACCAUCAUCGUUUCGUUCCUUGGUCGAGCUAUCGCUUCCAUUAGCGGAGGUCGCUAUUUUUGCUUCGCCGCUCUUGUUCAGUCGUCAAUUGCGCUUAUCUUGCCAGGCUAUAUAGUACUUCGCGCCUCGCUGGAAUUGCAAUCCAGGAGUAUUGUUUCUGGAAGCGUAAGGAUGGUAUAUGCUAUCCUCUAUACCCUCCUUCUCGGCUUUGGAAUCACGAUAGGAACCGUACUCUAUGGCGCCAUGGACUCCAAUGCGGUGUCGUCAACUACGUGCCCUGCUAGUCGCACGCUCAGUAGCCCUUUGCAGAUGCUUUCCGCACUCAUCUUCUCCUUCUCCCUAUGUAUCCUGAACCAAGCCAAGUGGAGACAAAUGCCCGUCAUGAUCGUAAUAUCGAUGAUCGGGCGUACUAUCAACGUGGUUUUGAAAAACAAGUUCAAGGGAAACACACAAAUCACUGCUACCAUCGCUGCUUUCGCCAUUGGUCUCGCUGCAAACCUGCAUUCACGUUUUGGAACCAAGAUCGAGAACAAGGCACUGGACGUCUGGGAGACUUACAUACGACCGCAAUUCAGAGCAUUACACAAACGAGCUCGGGGCAAAUCAACAGCUCUGCGUAACAUGCAUUCUAAGAGAAAAGUAGAGAGCAUGGAGUUUGGAGAAGCGUACGAUAACGACAGCAUCUUCACUCCACGCAUUCGACGUGUGGGCUAUGGUCUUGCAGCCGCAGCCAUGUUGCCCGCCAUUCUGGUACAGGUACCUAGUGGUCUGGCUGUAUCUGGAAGUCUGCUCGCUGGUGUCCAAGCUGCGGAUCAGAUUGCUGGUAAAGGUUCAAACGGUAGCACAGUGACUGACGCCAAAGCAAUCACAAGUGGUACCAGUCUCAACACGGUCAACCUUAAUAUUGCGUUUUCCGUCAUUCAGAUUGCCAUUGGAAUAACAAUCGGGAUCUUUGCUUCGUCACUCGUGGUCUACCCAUUCGGCAAGAGGAGAAGUGGACUGUUCAGUCUUUGAGCGGUUGCUUUAUCCUCCCAUACUUCGCCCCUCUUUUUGAUCAGAAGAGAAGAGCCUAUUCUGCUCGUCUGUUCCCCCUCGCCUCUUCCCAACCUCACUACACAUUGCACAAGAAGUGCAUUCCCUCCUGUUUUUUUUGUCUGUUCUCUCUUCCUAAGUUGUUGUCAGUCUUGUUACGAUAGACUUUUUGCAUGGUCCCCCGGUGUCGGAUAUUUGUUUCUGUCCACUUAAUCACUCAUUAAUCUGCACUUUGUCCUUUUUUUCUGUGUUUCGGUUCGGCGUUUGUGUUUUGGAAAGGCAAUUCACGACGAUCAUGAUUAGAUUAUUAUACUAUAGACAUAGACAGGAGUGGCUUCCUUUGAUACCUAGAAUUCGAGAAUAAAUCUUCCUACA